UGAAGGUUCAAAAGUCGGACCACCCCCACUCCUGGGACCCCUGUGUCAACUACUGUCACCCUCUAAACUCCACCCUCUGCAACACAAGCUCCACCCUCAACAAGUCGUGGACCGCCUCCAAUAACAACACCAUCAACAGCCUCGACUACUGCAAAUCUCUGGUAUCUGCCAGUUUCUCUCCCGGCUCCACGACCACGUCGGGCCCCAGCAGCCAGAGCUCCAGCACCUUGCCCCGGCCCACGGUUCCCAUGAGUCCACGCAACUCGCUGCUCAAACGACGGCAGAGAAAGAAAGAGCACAAGAGCUCCUUGUCCCUGGCGUCCAGUUCGGUGGGUCCGGGGGGUCAGGUCGUUCACGUAGAGACCAGUGAGGUGGUUUUAACGGGCGACCCACUCAACGGCUUCGGUGUCCAGCUGCAGGGAGGAAUAUUCGCCACUGAGACCCUGUCUGCACCCCCGCUCAUCAGAUUCAUAGAGCCCGACAGCUCUGCAGAGAGGUGCGGCCUGCUCCAGGUCGGAGACCGCCUCCUGUCAAUCAACGGGAUCCCCACAGAAGACGGAACACUAGAGGAAGCCAAUCAGCUCCUCCGAGACGCGGCUCUGACCAAUAAGGUGACGCUGGAGAUAGAAUUCGACGUAGCAGAGUCUGUGGUGCCCAGCAGCGGCACCUUCCACGUCAAACUGCCGAAGAAGAGAGGCGUGGAGCUGGGGCUCACCAUCAGUGCCAGUAAGAAGCCCGGAGAGCCCCUCAUCAUUUCUGACAUCAAGAAGGGCAGCAUGGCCCACAGAACAGGAACACUGGAGCCAGGUGAUAAACUCUUGGCCAUCGACAACAUCCGACUGGAGAAUUGUUCCCGAGACGACGCGGAGCAGAUCCUGCAGCAGUGUGAGGAGCUGGUCAAACUGAAGAUCCGCAAAGACGAAGACAACUCAGAUGAGCAGGAGACGUCGGGCAGCAUCAUCUACACAGUCGAGCUGAAGCGGUACGGAGGCCCUCUGGGUAUCACCAUCUCAGGCACGGAGGAGCCCUUUGACCCCAUCAUUAUAUCAGGCCUCACCAAGAGAGGCCUGGCUGAGAGGACGGGGGCGAUUCAUGUCGGGGAUCGGAUCCUCGCCAUCAACAGCGUCAGUCUGAAAGGCAAACCGCUGAGUGAGGCCAUCCACCUGCUGCAGAUGGCCGGAGAGACGGUCACCCUGAAAAUAAAGAAACAGCUCGACAACCUGGAGGAGAGGAAAGCUGCAGAUGUAGAAGACACGACAGAGAACGAGCUGAGCGACCCCGACGAGGACGACUUGACGGACAGCCAACAGACCAACAAGCUUUCCGAGCUUUACUCCACAACCAUCCCCAGCGUGGACUCUGCCAUGGAGUCCUGGGAUGGCUCGGGGCUGGACGCAGGAUACGGCAGCCAGGGUACGUACAGUAAUCAAGCAGUCGGCAUCACCCUGCACCCUCACGAGUGGCGUAGUGCUAAGCAGCAGCAGCGCGGCGCCACACCUCCUCCUGGACACCGGAAGAACUACCCCUUCAGCGACGGAGGGUUCAGUGAAGACGACUGGGACAAACCACCGGGGUUCAUUGGCCAACAACCGGACGGUAUUCUGUUGGAUCCCGAGGACAGUUUCUGGUGUCAGGCGCUCGAGGAUCUGGAGACCUGCGGCCAAUCAGAGCUCCUCAGAGAGAUCGAGGCGUCCAUCAUGACAGGCACGGCCAUUAGUCUGGGCGUAGACGGCGUCAACAAGCCUCCAACUGAGCCCAUAAUGAGCCACAACAGGAUGAGCCCACUGCGGAGAAACUCUCUCCUGCACCAGGGAAACCUGCUGCACCAGGGCACACACCUCCACCAGGGAGCCCACCUGCAUGAGGAGGCCCACCUGCACGAAGAGGCCCAACUUCACCAAGACUCCCUCCUGCACCAGGAGAUCCAUUACAACCAGGAGGCCCUGCUCCACCAAGACAACCAGUCCCCUCUCCUGCACCAUGAGCCCAAACCCAAGGCCUCGCUGAGGGUGUCGGAGAGGACGUGGGAGUCUCGACGGAUUAAAGAGGAGAUGCAGGGCAUUCUGUCCCCAACGCCUCUGGAGCUGCACAAGGUGACCGUGAUAAAAGACCCAGAGAGCGACGACUUCGGCUUCAGCGUGUCGGACGGCUUCUUGGAGAAAGGAGUUUACGUCAACAUGAUCAGACCUGAUGGACCAGCUGACCGAGCCGGGCUCAGACCCUAUGACAGGAUCCUGCAGGUGAACCACGUGAGGACGAGGGACUUCGACUGCUGCCUGGCGGUGCCUCUAAUAACAGAAGCAGGGGACAGACUGGAGCUCGUCAUCAGCCGCAACCCACUGGCCAACGACGACCCGGAGGACAAUAACAACACUUUGGACCAUCCACUAGACCUGUAACACACACACACACACRCACACACACACACACACACACACACACACACACACAAGGACAUGUAUCUCCAGACACACACUCUGUCUCACUCAAACUUUAAGGAGACAAACUUUAAAACUGGUGUAAACUUACAGUAUAACUGGAACUGGCCCAAACACACACACACACACACACACACACACACACACACACACAAUCCAGCAGCUUGCAAUAAUUCAACUUGUCUCUACGAAAGCGCGGCCAGUUUGCAGAGAAACCACCAGAGGCUCCGUGACGACUCGGCUCG